AGGAGGAAUCCAAGAUGAUCAAGGACAUCAAAGACAGGUUUGACAAAACUGACCUGAGCCUCAGCCAUGUUGCCAAGUCACAGGAGAAAGGUAAGGCCUUUCUGGAAUAUAUGAGGGGCAUGGUGAAAGGAAAACAAACCUGUGAGGAGCUGGAGAAGGAGCUGGCAGCUGUGCUGGAGGACACUCUGGGAGGCCUGGAGAAGCUCGACUGCUUCCUGGAUGCAGUGGAGAAGCUGGCAGUAACCUCACUUCAUGUGUUCAUGGAAAACCAGGUGUUAGUUCUACCUGGAACGAUCACCCUUGAAAACAUUCAGGCUGUCAUCGCUGCUGCACGACUAAUCUGCCCCCUCCUCCUCGAGUUUAAAAGAGAUGCACGAGUCUUCUUUGUUCCCAGACUCCAGAAUGCAGAAGUGCUGUCGUAUCAGUUGGACAGAUACAUACAGACCAUCCAGAUAAUCUGCGAGCAGUUUGAGAAAAGCUCCCUCUGGGACUUUUGCCUGAAGAAGACUAUGGAAACUCUGAUUGACCUCGAUGAGGACUUGUCUGAAGAUGAAACACAGAGGAUGCUUUAUCACAUUAAUCAGCUUGAUGAAAUAAGGAUGAACCAGCACUUCCGGACGGCGUUCUUGUUUCCGGAGGAGUCAUGUUCUGCCUUCAUCAGUGAGUUCAACAAGCGACAUCCCAGGAUGCUGCAGUGUCUCAAAGACCUGGAGGACAUUGCUGUUCAGCUUGACAAGAUGAGUAAAGGGGCAAAGAUCUCCAGUGUGGCCGGCAGCUCAGUGGGGGCGGUUGGAGGUGUGCUUUCCAUUGUUGGGUUGGCGUUAAUUCCUGUAACAGCAGGAGUGUCUCUAGCGCUGACCAUGACAGGGGUAGGGCUGGGAAUCACCAGCGGAGUUAACAGUGCUGCCACUGCAGCCACAGAGGUUGGAGUAAACGUUGCACAACAAAAAAAAACCAGUGAAGUAUUCGAGGUCUUCAAUGAGGAUGUGCAGAGUCUCCAGGAUUGUCUGGAGGAGGUGACCAGUCAAACAGUCUCCAAAAUUAAAGCAAGUGUGAUUGAUGUGGCUCAGGGAGUGGGCAAGGUUCUCAGUAAAGUUUGUGCUGUUGGAAAAGGCAUUGAUUCACUUGUUGAUGCUGCCUCUGCUGCUAAGGUGUUGCAAAGUGAAGAGGUGAUUACAGGUGUUGGUAAGAUGGUGGCCCAGGAAGGUAAAGCAUUACGCAAUGUGCCCAGGGUGGCCUCAGACAUCCCAGAUAUUGGUCAGGCAGCAGUCAAAGGGCCUCUUGGUAUCUCCAAUCCAGCCAGGGCAGGUUUCAUCGGAAUCAAUGCUCUUUUCCUCGGCAUGGACAUCUUCUUCAUCUGUAAAGACAGCAUCGGUCUGGCUAAAGGCAGUGAGACUAAAGUCUCAAAGUUCAUCAGAGCCAGAGCUGCACUUUUGAGCUCAGAGAUAGAGUCAUGGAAGAAGAUCCGUGGCUCUUUGUGUCAAAGCCUCUUAACAUCAGAGAGAAAACGAGGUACUCUGGAGACACCAUUUUAUCCAUGAAGAAGAUCUAGAUCUACACACACAGAGAAACAGAUGUGAAUAUUUGAUUUAAUCAAGUGUAGUGUAGCACUCAGUAAACACACAAUACUGCAUCUGUGGCAACUCUCUAAUGUGCCUUUUUGCUUACUCUGAUUAAUUUGAACGAAUGAUACGAAAAUUCAAUCAAGAGCUGUAAAUGACUGAUUAGCAUCAAACCCAAUUUAAAUCUCUGUUCUUAAAUUCUUAAAGGAGCUAUUUGUAAGUUUUGCUAUUGCUAUAUAGCCAACUGUGAGGGAGCUGGCAAGCAUCCCCCUCACUAAGGUGAAAAACAAUACACAUUGGCUAAUACAGAAAGUUUAUCUUGUUAUGUUCUGCUUUUAUUUUGGGAACUUCUACUAAUCACUCUCUCUUUGAGGUCUACUUCCAGGGGGCCUGUUUUCAUAGAGUUCACACAUGGGAAUGCAGCCACCGGACUCAGCAGGUGUUAAUUACCUUGUUAGGCUGUACCAAGUGGGCAGGAAAGAGAGAGGGGAGUGGGUAGAGGGGUUUUUGUUAAGUUUGGCUUUUGUUUGGUAUUUCUUUAGUUUAUUAUGUAUUUUAUUUCAUCUGUGUUAGGCCAAAUGUCGGGGUAUCUUGUGUAUGUAAAUAUCAGUAUGGUUAAAUUGUAUGGUUAAAUUCUAAAUAGGUAUUCUAAAUGUAUGGUGCUAGUGUUUAGGGUCCCUUCACUAUGUAAUGUUUUGGUAGAGACUGUGGGUAGUUAUGCCAGGUGGGAAAGCAGUGUAGUAUGUCAGAGAAGGGGGAGUCAGGUUGACUGUCACCUUUGCUGCUGCUAUCCACCGCGACCUGCUGCACCAGCCAGACUGCUUUUGUUGUCAAGCCAUUCUGCUACAUAUGUGUAAGAGUUGUUGGACUUUUUUUUGUAAUUUGCCUAUGGUCACCAUUAAACCAGAAUCAGAGCUCUGAAACCAAUCCUUGUGUGACUGAUGCUGUUCAUUUCUCCACCACGCUUGCACAUAAAUCCUGCUGGCCUUCAUCCUAGUUGUAAGGGUUCACCACCAUCCAAACCUUACACCAACAUUAGCAUUAACAGUUGUUUACUUACCAGUGUUGCCAAGAGCUUCAGCCAUAGUUGAAUCUACAAGACAAUAGAUUAUAAUACAUCCUCUGAGCAGCGAGUUCUUCAGGGCAGACUGGACGCUGUAGUAACUCGGUAUCAGAAAGUGA